UUGGCAAACGAGAUGUGCAGUGAUUUUAAUAUUUUUUAUGGCUCUCGGGAUCAGAGGUCAAAGUAAUGUGAAGCCGAAUAUAGUUUAUAUACUUGCAGAUGAUUUGGGCUGGGACGACGUGAGCUACCACGGCUCGGAGCAGGUGCGCACGCCGAACAUCGACCUGCUGGCGCGCUCCGGCGUGGCGCUGCAGCGCUUCUACUCGCACUGCCUGUGCACGCCCUCACGCUCGGCGCUGCUUACUGGAAAACAUGCCUAUACAUUGGGCAUGCAAGGUUAUCCUCUCGUGCAGAGCGAGGACAGAUUUCUACCGCUACACGAGAAGAUUUUACCACAAUAUCUGAAGGAGUUGGGUUAUUCGACGCAUUUGGUGGGAAAAUGGCAUGUGGGUUUAUCUCGGUCGGCGGUUCUACCCACAGCGCGUGGCUUCGACACACACUUCGGGCACCGGGGCGGAUAUAUUGAUUACUAUGAGUACACGAUAGAGGAGUCGUGGAGCUCUGGGACCGUGUCCGGUUACGACUUGUACAGGAACGCGACUCCCGCGUGGGACUCCACGGGCUAUGUCACCGACCUGUACAGCCGGGAGGCUACAUCAAUUAUUGAAGCUCACGACCCGUCAUCGCCACUGUUCCUGAUGGUGGCGCACAACGCACCCCAUGGUGGAAAUGAUGGUGUCAUCCUCCAGGCGCCGCCGGACGAGGUGCGCCGCAUGCGUCAUAUCGAGUCACAGCAGCGGCGCAUACUAGCAGCUAUGGUUAAAAAACUGGAUGAUAGCGUAGGCGAUAUAGUAAAAUCACUUUCGGAUAAGGGAAUAUUGAACAACACUAUCAUAGUGUUCACAUCGGACAACGGUGGUAUGACGUCGGGAUCCUCUUUGAAUUAUGGAUCUAAUUGGCCCCUGAGGGGGAUUAAAAUGUCUCCAUUCGAGGGCGCCGUGAGGGUAACCGGACUUUUGUGGAAGGCAAACUUAAAUCCCGUGAGCCGGGCUUGGAAUGGGUAUAUGCAUAUUUCGGACUGGCUCCCGACUUUGCUCCACGCGGUGGGUGCCGACCCUCCGCUAGGAAUAGACGGGAUUGAUCAAUGGGAUAACAUAAUUACAAAUUCGCCAUCCAAGCGAAACGAAAUAGUUGAAAUAGACGACUACCAUGGUUUCUAUAUGAUUAUAUCGGGAGAGUACAAAUUAAUUACAGGAAGUGUCAUAAAAGAAUACAGCAAUUUUCAAGGCCACGAUCUUAGGGGAAUUAUUGGAACCCCUCCCUCAUAUGUUGAUGCUAUGAAGAAGAGCCCUGUGUAUUCGGUUCUUAAGAAUAAUGGUCUGGAACUGAACAUGCCAGAUCAUGAAAUAAAUAAAAGGUAUAAAGUCGAUUGCUUAAAAAGAAGCGAUGAACGAGAUGUGUCAUUAUGUUACCCUGAAAAUGGAACUGUCUGUCUCUACAAUAUCCACGAAGAUCCUUGCGAAACUAAGGAAAUUUCAAAACUAUAUCCAGAUAUCGUGCGGCAACUUCUCCAGAAAUUGGAAACCGAGAAGAAUAGAACAAUACCUAGGAUUGUGCCCUUGGUGCGAGACCCUAGGUCUCACCCGAGCCAGUUUAACUAUGCCUGGUCCACUUGGGCAGAUCAUAUUAUAUAAAUUACGUCACAAUUAUUGGAGGUGAUGUAACUAUUCGUAUGAGGAUCAGUAGUAACCUAAUAAUUACGACACAAGUGACUCAUUUGACUCAUCGAAUUAGAUUUUAAACAGAAACGGUUUGUUUGAGUUUCUUUGUCGCGUUUGUUCUUACUUGCAGGUACGAGUAUAAUGGUCACCACUAGAGUUUAUAUGCUUGUAUCUAUAAGAUUUCAUUGAUUCCGCGGCAGUUUCAAAUUUAUGUUCGUGACCUUCGUGAAGGCUAUCAUUGAUAGGUUACUUUCCAAAAGGUUUAAUAUUGUCCUCAAGUCUAUUGCGGAAUUUCAGAGGGCUCUAUGCAAAAAAGAAUACUAGCUUAUACACUAUUAACCUAUUUUCCAUAAAUUUCGUCUCAUUAAGCAUAUAUAUAUUUUAAGUAGACAUUGUGUUUAAGAAUUAGUCACAUACAGUUGGUUCUUUUUAUCCGGGCGCGCGACAGCAAACAAUCGGGUACUGUCCAACAGUAAAAUAAAACUACACUAAAAUUUGAAAAGGUUGUUGUUUUGUUUGCCUGUACUGUUAACAUCAAAGCGUCCGGAUGUUCAUCACAUCCGGGUAGCUUCCGGAAUUCCGUAGCAGGCCGCGCGGACCCGCUCAGCUCCGGCGGCUAUACAUACAUAUUACGUUUAUUGGAUUAGAAAGAACUCUGCAGAUUACUUUAUGUACAUUAGGUAUGCUGUAAAUAUUUAAGCUAACAAUGAUUAAUGCGUUAGUUAAGUUUUUUUUUAUAAUACCCCAUAAACUGUCCUAAUUACUCAAGUUUGAGGUAAAAUUGAUUUCCACAAUGACGAGUUCGAGCUUAUCAGUUCUAAAUAAAUAUCUUUUGGUACAUUAUACAGCAACGAUCAAAUGCAGACUACUGCUUAGAUAAUAAAAAAAUCGGCCAAGUGCGAGUCGGACUCGCACAGGAAGGGCUGGACGUGAUCCUCGAGAUUGGAAAGAAAUAUUUAUUUUAUUCUGUUUUUAGUAUUAAAUUUGUUGUUAUAGCGGCAACAGAAAUACAUAAUCUGUAGAAAUUUCAACUGGCUAACUAUCACAGUUCGUGAGAUACAGCCUGGUGACAGACAGACGGACGGGCGGACGGACGUAUAGUGGAGUCUCAGGAUCCGUACGGGCAGACGGAUGGACAAACGGACAUGUCGAAACUAUUAGUGUUCCAUUUUUGCCAUUUUGGUUACGGAACCCUAAUCAAGACCCAGCAAACACAAAGUUUUGUAUACUUAUGGGUUUUCAAUGUAAAUUAAAUAAAUUAUAAAUAUGCCAGCUA